AUGACUGAUCAAACAUUAUUAGCAAAAGCUCGUAAAGCACGAUUUGAUGAUUUACCAAAUUUUUCUGGACAUCCUUCUGAGGAUAUCGAACAGUUUUUAAAAAGCAUCAAGAAUAUAACCAAGGCAACUGAAGAAUCAAAUAAUCAUGAAAUUUUAGAAAUUGUUCGUGGUAAAUUAAAUCAAUCUGCAGGAAUAUGGUUCGACAAUAAUGAAGCUAAUUUUAAACAAUGGUCAGAUUUUGAAACUGCAUUUCGAAAUCGAUAUUUUUCCUCAACAUCAACUCAUAAGAAAUUUGAUACAUUAAAACAACGUAAACAAUUACCGGAUGAACCGAUUACGUCUUUUUUCGACAACAUUAUUAAUUUAUGCCGGGAAAUUGAUUCAAAUAUGUCAGAAAAAAUUAUAAUUCAAUAUUUAAUGAGUGGAAUCAAUCCUGAUUUUAGGAAGGAAUUAUUAAGACGUGAAUCAUCUAUCAAUACAUUAAAUGAAUUUUUAAAAUAUGCAAAAAUUGAACAAGAUUUACAUGAUACAUUCGGUAGUCUAUCACUUGAUUCACAACAACGUCAUUUUAAUUAUAAUCACCCAUCAAUUCCACCAUUAACUGCUGCAGUUAAUCAACCAAAACAAUAUUAUAAUACAAUGAAGUACAACAAUCCUGUUUCACAUUCAACACAAUUACAGAGCUCCGUUUCUCAGCGGAACUCGAUUCCAACACUUGGAAAUCGAACAUUCAUGGCACCUGAUAGAAAACAAAUUCGAAAUUAUCCACCGCAAUCGAUAUCACAGCAGAAACUAAGCAAUAGUCAACCACUAUCAUAA